AUGGCGGAGAAAUGCGCACAGGCCGGAUGUGCCCAGUGGGCUUUGAGUGGUAGCCGCUACUGUAGCAACCGUGAGCAUAACUUCGGCCCCCGAGUGUCCAACUGCCUCCUGACACAAGUAAAGACAAGCCCACUGGAUCCCAGCAGAAGCCCACCAUGGGACUCGACGUCAACCGGCUCGGGUUCGGGUUCCCAAUCUCGCAAGUAA